AUGGAUCACAGCAAAGCCCCUUCCAAAAAAUAUAUGACACUCGACCAAGGAGAAAGUGUUCAAGCCAUGUAUGUGUGGGUGGACGGAACUGGGGAAAAUCUUCGCUGCAAGACGAAAACUCUCAACAUGGAACCAAUGACACCAGAAGACCUUCCAAUCUGGAACUUCGACGGCUCUAGUACCUAUCAGGCUGAGGGCUGUAACAGCGAUGUUUAUCUUCAUCCAGUCGCCUUAUUCCGAGAUCCAUUCAGGCAAGGAAAAAACAAGUUGGUUUUGUGCGAGACGUAUCAAUUUAACCACAAACCAACCAAAACAAACACCAGGAAAAGCUGUCUUGAUGUCAUGGAAACUGAACUGGUGGAGGUAAAAAGCAUUAACCUUUAUUUUUAACUUCAAUAAAAUUAGUUUCUUGCCUCGACUAACCAGAAAUGUGCGAAAUUUUGAACUAAAAACUUCCCGUGCUAACUUUCACGUAGCGUGGAUCCACUAAACAUCCGAUAUCAGGUAGAUGUUGUUGUUGUUUUUUUUUCAGUGACACAGUACAUGCAAGCUUCGACAACUGUUGGCAAGAGAACAAGGCUUUGUAGUUCACAAAUCCGUAAAGCGGGCUUUGGAAAAAAAAUGACAAAAUGAAAAUAAAAUAACAACGAUUUUGACAUCGGUUUCAUGACCUCUUUCUUUGAUGUUUUUGAGUGGCUUUUGUUCGUAUCAAGCCUACAUUUUCAUGUUUAAACCCAAGUUACUGAACAAGCUUGAAAUCUGCGUACUUUUGAUUUGUUUUGAUAAACCAAGCUAGAAUAUGUGAACUUUUGCAUGAAACUAAUGAUCUGAAAAAAUAAAACAACCUAAAGAGGUAUGAUAACACUUAGUUCAAAUGUUAAGUAGUACUUUUGAUCUCAGUAGGACAUUAAUUUCGUGCCAAAAGUCGCAGAGUCACCACAGGUAGCCCAAGCUCGAGAUAUGAGCAUCGGGGAGCAUAGGCAUUGUUGUAUAACAUUCGUAAUAUAAGGAUUCGUAUGGGAAAAAAAACCUAUCGUUUCUGUGACCUACGAAAAUGGAAGGAUUUCAAUAAAAAAACAGCUUCCCUUGCAUAAAAUGUGUGUUUCUUCGUUCCUGUGUGGUUUCGGAGCCAAUUUAUGCCCGUUUUAUGAGUUGUACUGUAAACGGUUCCCUCUCUAGAUAGCCUGCGAACAACAGACGUUUUUCCUCGCUCAUCACCGCUGAGGGACGUUUCGCGUUCCUCAGCUUGCAGUCUAGUCAACGAAGGCAGAGGAUAGUAAGUCUGUGGUCAUAGAAAGUCAGAGGCGUAAAAAAGACCUGCAGAUUUUUGAAUUUCCAGUAAUUCGCAUUCAGAAAUUGAGUUUUCCCAAUUUCUGUGUCCAGUGAUUUAAAGUUUUUAUCACUGUUUUGAACUUUUCCAUUUGUCUCAGAACGCCCAUCCUUGGUUUGGUAUUGAACAAGAAUACACUCUGCUUGACAAAGAUGGUCAUCCUCUUGGCUGGCCAAAGGGUGGGUUCCCUGGGCCACAGGGACCCUACUACUGUGCUGUUGGCACUGGAAAUGUGUUUGGACGUGACGUGGUUGAAGCUCACUAUCGUGCUUGCCUGUAUGCGGGUGUCAAAAUUGCAGGAACAAAUGCUGAAGUUAUGCCGGCUCAGGUGAGAACUGAGUAACAUUCACUGUAAUAAUUUCCAAUCGAGAACAGCCGACAUUUUCGAGACGCCGGCCAGUACUGGUUUCCUCACCAAAAGACGUCUGUGGAACGAGCGCAGAAAUUUCAUACUGAUGACGUGUUACUACCCAGAUCUGGAUAGUGCUUCCGAUUGGUUGAAGCAAAUUUCCCACUGCGCGAUCAAGAUUUGGGUAGUGACACGUCAUCAGUAUCUAAUCCUCAGAUGUUAUUUACGAGGAAAUCAGUGAUGGUGUCGCCAAGUGUCAGCUGUUUUCUCAGGUUAGUGAUGAGACAUAUCAGAGAUACAAUCCAACUAGCGUGUUUCUCGAGGACCUGUAAAGAGAAUGUGUAUGUUGAUCACGGUCGGUCUUUUUUGUUUCAGUGGGAAUACCAAGUUGGUCCGUGUGAAGGUAUUGAUAUGGGAGACCACUUGUGGAUAUCAAGGUUUAUAUUGCAUCGUGUUGCUGAAGACUUUGGAAUCAAAGUUACUUUUGACCCCAAACCUAUCCCAGGGGACUGGAAUGGCGCUGGCGCCCACACAAACUACAGGUAAAUAAGAAGUGAGGUCACGUAUGCAUACUUGAAAAGCCCUUGCCUUGUGAGGUUACACUACAGUUAUAGGAGCAGGGUAUUCGGGUUUUCAGUUUACAAUUAUAGAUGACAUUUUUAGUUUUCUGUUCUUGAAAUUUACGGCUUGGUUUAAUGUCCGUGAAGACUGUGGUUUGUUCGGCACUUUAUGAAGUAGAAAGAAAAUGAAUUCAAGGCAACGAAGAGCUUGCCUUCGAAACAGUCUUUUAAUAAACCCCUUCACGGUGAUUAGUUCAUAUUUUUAAUUAUCACUUAGAGGGGCCUGUUCCGUUUCCAGGCGUUUCGUAUUGUUUGGGGUCGACAGGCGGGGCGGCAACAAGCAAGAAAACCUGGGGGAAGAAAUUGCAAAAGGGAGGCAAAUCAGAAACUAACAAUAAACUACUUUAACGACAUCAUUUGCAGCACACAGGCAAUGCGAGAAGAAGGAGGAAUGAAGCACAUAUACGAUGCUAUUGAAAAGCUGUCCAACAAACACGACUACCACAUCAGAAUGUAUGAUCCUAACGAGGGGGAAGACAACAAACGACGCCUUACUGGCCACCACGAGACCUCGUCGAUUGAUAACUUUUCUCAUGGGGUAGCCAACCGAGGGGCGAGUGUGCGGAUUCCUAGGCAAUGUGCUGAAGAUGGCAAGGGGUACCUAGAGGAUAGACGUCCAUCGUCCAACUGCGAUCCUUACCGUGUUACUGAAGCCAUUGUGAGGACGACCUUACUGGGAAAUUAACUCACUAUGGCAGACAUUAUUUUACACAACGUCUGAGAACUGGAGACAGCCGACAUUUCGAGACGCUACCACUGGUUUCUCCGCGAAAUGAGGUCUGAGGAAAGAGGGCAGAAAUUCCAUACUGAUGACGCGUCACUACCCAAGUCUUAGCCUCCUCCGCAGGCGUUUUGAGGGGAGCUCGUAUUUCUUCCUUCCCGACAAGGGAGAGAAGAAAUAGGGGCUCUCCUAAAAACGCCUGCUGGGGAGGCUACCCGAGUCUUGGCAGUGCUUCUGAUUGGUGCUACUAAGUAAAUUUGGAUUAACCAAUAAUCAGAAGCACUACUCAGAUCUGGGCAGUGACAUCACAUGAAUAUGGAAAUUCUGCGCUCGUAACUCAGGCGUCAUUUCGGGAAGAAACUACAGUGGCAGAGUUGCGACUUAAUGUCGGCCUUUAUCUCAGACUAUUUUACACUUGGAAAGACUGAGUAGUAUGUGUCGAAGAGCUUUCACUGGAAUGUUCCCAGCCGUAGUACUCCAAUAUACUCUCUCCAUGGACUCGUGACUUAGAAUCGCUCUGCUGCUCUUGUCUUAAUCUAGGUACAUCAGUGGAUGAAUAGGUUCAAGACUCAGGGCGAUUCAUUGAAUAAAAGCCCCUGUAAUGGCAUCUAUCAAC